CAUGCCGUAAUGAAAACCUCCUCCUUCAUCAUCGUGGCAUGUCUUUUACCAUCUCCAGCGCAACAUUGGAGGAGCCAAGACUGCAAAUUCAAUGGUCGACACACAGCCGUGAGACCCCCGCUUCUCAGCAAUCAUUCAAGGGGCCUGCAGGAUCAGCCGAUCGGACACAUUGGCUGUUGUUUGGCUGCCCCGGAAAAUCAGACGGAUCCAAAAAAAUGUGUCCAUUCCCCAUGACGCCAUUUUACAGAUAUUUCUAUUGAUCCUGUGUAUGGGGGUAUAUCAUGCCGUGAACAGCCACAUCUUCGGUCUCCUUUCCUCCCUCCACUCUCUUAUUACCGUCUUACUUCCCUCUCUUUUUCUUGGUGAUCUUCUUUCCCGCAGAUCACUUUCUAAAAAUGCCCAUAAAAUCACCCUUCCAGGCGUCCAUCGCUAAACCUGGCCAAGGCAAUGUCGUCCUUUCAUUACUGCCUCCUUCGAACCCUACCUUGACAACUCUGACUUACAAGUACCCACUCAAACUCCUCACAAGAGCUCCCGGCUAUGUACCUGUGUCCUCAGCGCUGUCAUGUCCUGUUUCGCGACCAGUCCAUCUCUACCUUCUCACCUAUGGCGGAGGUCUUCUCCCAGGUGACCACAUCGACGUCUCGAUCAAACUGGAGCCACAAACAAGAAUGGUCGUAACAACACCACAAGGAAGCACCAAGAUCUUCAAAACAGAACCCAACUCAAGCAUCAAGGGACGGCGAGCCCCAGGACGAGUCCUAUCAGACAAGAGCCGACAAACAAUAAACGUACAGAUUGAACGGGAAGCGGCGCUAUGUUACCUCCCGGAUCCAGCGGUACCAUACAAGGACAGCCGGUACGAACAAGUCCAGACAUUCACAGUCGACACGACAACGAAGGAUUCGCAACGAAGCAGCCUCUGCAUGCUAGACUGGGUAACGCAAGGGCGCACAUCACGAGGCGAGAACUGGGACUUCCACCUCUGGAAAGGCAAAAAUGAAAUCUGGACUGUCGACGAAUCAGGCAACAAAAGGCUUCUGCUCCGUGACUCGCUCAUCCUCGACGAGGAGCUGGACGAGGGCCGCUUAGAGAACGGGGACGAGACGCUAAAUCGCAGCGGCCUGAUCCGAGAGCGUACUCGGCCCCAUGGGAUUGUGGGCACACUGAUUCUGUACGGCCCUGUCUAUGAGCGCUUAGCCUCUUUCAUCAUGGACCGGUUUACGUCGCAGCCACGGAUUGGAGGGAGGGAUUGGUCGUCCUCGGCCCCCGCGGCCGUGGAAUCGCCCCCGAACUUCGAUUCGAAGGUCACAUUCACUGCCGCGCGCGUGAGAGCCGGGUUUGUCCUAGUCAAGUUUGGUGCUGGUGAUUUUGAGACCGCUAAGGACUGGCUGGGUAAUAUUCUCCGCGAAGAGGGGACUGUCCUUCAUGAAUUUGGGGAGGAGGCUUUGUGUUGUUUAUGAUAUCACUGGCUAUUUUUGAUUUACGUACUUGUUCAAUCUAAGGGCAAUAGUUUUGGCCCGUUGCAUGCAGAUAGACCGCCAGAAAGCGACCCAAAAAAAUACUGUGGAGGUCUACGGCCUAUCAGAUGAUACCCAAAUUGGAUCAUGUAUGAUCUUAUUUCUUUUACAUAUACGAGUACAACAAAUUCAACCAU